AUGGCUGAUGCAAUCCUUGAGCUCUCAGAGGCCACAAAGGUGGCAAGAGAUACAACAUUUGACGUCACAGCGCGUCUGACGGGUUCAGAGGUGCCACAGACUGAUGUUGUCAAAUCACUGAGAACCGGGGUCCGAUACAGGCUCCUGUAUACUGAAACACAGGAAGGAUGCUCGGACUCGGAAGACCUUACACACUGGAAUGUUACUGAGACGGACAACCCUGACCUGGCAAGACUUUGCAAAUCUGGUUCACCUUUUUGCAAUCCGAAGAGCUGUUUGAGGCACAUGAUUGUCCUCGAUGAGAACAGCGUUACUGUCGAUGGCAGCGUGUGCGACCUACCAGGAGUUUCGCUGCUGCAAUGGGGAAGGGAUGGUUUCUGUGAUUAUAAACCGGGGACCUGCUUCGCAAAAAAUCUCAAGUGGUUCAAUGCUUUCAAUGAAGAAGCUGCAAAGGCCAGCAGGCCACCCCCUUAUGCCCUGCAAUACCCACCAGGGAACUACCCGCGCUACCAUGCGGGCCUAUCAAAUGCGAAUGAGGCUAUCGACACCUCAAAGGCUGGGCCCUUCGAGCUGCAUCGCUUGGCCUUUGCCUAUCCGUUAAGCCACAAAAGCAAGGUCCGUAUUGAGAUGAACGCCGGCUUGAUUCGCUGGAUUCAGUCCUCAGCACCGGGUCAAAUAACUAGCAUAGCGCCCCCCGCGCCACGUGAAUGCGAUAAUGGUCAGACCUUUGGUUGCCCGCUUAAAGUGUAUGUGUUGAAUUCAGGUAUGGGCUCUGUAGAUGCGACGUUCUAUUUGGAGCUGCCAUAUUGUACAGAACACGGAAGCGACGAUCCAACGGAUAAGGUGGGCGACAGAUACAGAUACUGGAAAUUAGACCCGGUCUCGGCCGUGCAGAGGAAUGUUCCCGCUGGCUCCAGUCAAGCAUUUGACCUCACUUUGCGCCUUACAGCCGUUGUGGAGGAGUUUGAUUUCAACUGCGUAAUGAAGCUCUAUGAUUCAGAACUUAAUCAGCUGGACAUUAAGUCAUUUGACCUUCUAACGGGGAAGGCGGCGGUGGAUGCAGCAGCUUGUUGCGCACUUCAGGACAAACGGAAUUGGUUUCAACGACUCAUGAAUGUCGUACCAAACGACGGAGAAUGCGACUGCUCGUUUUGGAAUUUAAUAUGUCUACCAGCUGACUGGAACGAUUGCUUUGGCUCUCUCAAGAAGGCCCUGAAGACGAUACUACUGGCUGGUGUCACAAUCGUGGCUCUCUUCCUUUUGUGGCCCGUUCUCAAGCCUGUCUUGAAAAUUGUGUGCAAAUGCGCCCGCGUUCCUUUUAAAUGCUUGAGAUGCGUUGGGAGACAUAGAAAAACAAAUCGAAAGGAGCACAAGCUACGCAAGAAGGAGGCUAAGCGACUAGCGAAAGAGCAGCGGCGCAUACAACAGAAAACUCGCAGAAGGACUGUGGAAGCACACCAGCAGCCUCUCUCAGAAUGUUGUAGCGAGGUACUUGACGAGUCCCUAAGAGGUGACAUAGAAGGCAGCGGGAGCGCUAUCUCUGAUGAAGCUGUAUCUUCAGGAGCCUAUAGUACUAGUGGAAGAAAAAAUACCUCCAAGGACGAAUCUGCUCCGGUCAACUCGAACAGCGCUAGUGACAGUGUAAGCUCCGCAUAA